AUGGGAAAGUCUCGAGUUCAAGUGAAUAAAGCUCACAAGACUAGAUUCUCCUCUAAAUCUUCUCGCAAUCUCCACAAAACCAACGUCCAAGAUGGUGGGCGGAUUGGGAAAUCGGAGAGUAACCAUGUUAAGGGAGCUAGAGCUGCUCGUGUUCAGCGUGGCAAGAUGCUCCGAGAGCAGAAAAGAGCAGCAGUUUUGGAGGAGAAGAGAGCAUCUGGUGGAUUUACCAGUGCUCCUCGUGUGAUCGUCUUGUUUCCUCUCUCUGCUUCCGUGGAACUGAAUUCUAUUGGUGAAGAUAUUGUAAAACUCCUAUCUCCCGAUGGUUCUGGAGUGUCUUCUUCAACAGUUGCAUCUUCUGAGUAUAAGCUAAAAGCAACCGUGUUAAAAGCCCCUCACGGGGAUCUUCUGACAUGCAUGGAAAUGGCCAAGGUUGCGGACUUGAUGGCUUUUGUUGCAUCUGCAAGCUCUCCGUUGGAAGGGAAUGACUCUAACUUCAUAGAUUCAUUUGGAAACCAGUGUCUUUCAGUGUUCAGAUCAAUUGGUUUACCAAGCACUACUGUGUUGAUCCGUGAUUUACCCACUGACUCAAAAAAGAAAAAUGAGCUGAAAAAGAUGUGCACCUCUCAAAUUGCUUCAGAAUUUCCGGAGGAUUGUAAGUUUUAUCCAGCAGAUACCAGAGAUGAAUUGCAUAAGUUUAUGUGGUUGUUUAAGGCACAAAGGCUUACCGUACCUCAUUGGCGAAGUCAACGACCAUAUGUUGUGGCUCAGAAGGCUGGGAUGUUGGUGGAUGAUGAAAGCUCAGGAAAAUGCACUCUAAUUCUCUCUGGUUACUUGCGUGCUCGAAAACUAUCUAUAAAUCAACUGGUGCAUGUUUCUGGCGUUGGUGAUUUUCAGCUCUCAAAAAUUGAAGUGCUGAAAGACCCAUUGAUUGAAAGGAAAAAACAGAAUUCCAUGGAAUUGGAUGAUUUGCAUGAUGAAGAGGUACUGAGGUCUCUGCUUCCUGAUCCCAUUAAACAAGAGCAGUUAGUAGUUGAAAACACUCCAGAUCCUUUAGCAGGGGAACAGACAUGGCCAACAGAGGAAGAAAUGGCUGAGGCUGACAGAAACCAGAAACAGGCAAAGCUAAAGAAGAGGACUUUGCCAAAAGGGACAUCAGAAUACCAGGCUGCUUGGAUUGUGGAUGACACAGAUGAAGAGGGUUCUGAAGAUGAUGAUUCCGAUGAAAACGGUAUGGUAUUGGAUGGCAGGGAUGAUCAAUUUUCCAAUCAAGAAAGAACCUAUGACCAAGAAUCUGAGGAUGGCGAAGACUCAUUGAACAUGCAUGAUCUUGAUAAUACUCAAAAUGACUCUGAGAUGAUGGACGAUGAGGACAUGACAAUUGAACAAAUUCAGGAUGAAAUCAAGAAAAUCAAAGAGGCGCAUGCUGAGGACGAGGAAUUUCCGGAUGAAGUAGAGACUCCCGUUGAUGUUCUUGCAAGAAAGCGUUUUGAAAAGUACAGGGGUCUCAAAUCCUUCAGAACCUCCUCGUGGGAUCCAAAUGAGUCUCUACCUCAGGACUAUGCCCGAAUUUUUGCUUUUGAUAACAUCGCCAGGACCCAAAAGCUUGUGCUCAAGCAAGCUCUGAAGAUGGAAGAAGAAAGCAGAGAUGAUUGUGUACCGACCGGUUCAUAUGUACGGCUUUAUAUUAAGGAAGUGCCUCUUAGUGCUGCCUCUAAAAUAUCCUCCCUUGUGAACAUGAAACCCAUGAUAGCAUUUGGGCUUUUACAACAUGAAUCCAAGAUGUCAGUUCUACAUUUUAGCAUAAAGAAGUAUGAUGGAUACGAAGCUCCAAUUAAAACAAAAGAAGAGCUUAUGUUCCAUGUUGGUUUUCGUCACUUCCUUGCAAGGCCUGUGUUUUCAGCCGACAAUUUCAGCUCGGACAAACACAAGAUGGAGAGAUUCCUGCAUCCUGGGUGUUAUUCAUUGGCUUCAAUAUACGGCCCAAUAUCAUUCCCAUCCCUUCCGUUGGUAGUUCUGAAGACUUCAAAAGGAUCGGAAGCUCCUGCUGUUGCUGCCCUUGGUUCCUUGAAAAGCAUUAAUCCCAACAAAAUAAUUUUGAAGAAGAUAAUAUUAACAGGGUAUCCUCAGAGAGUAUCAAAACUGAAGGCGUCAGUGAGAUAUAUGUUCCACAACCCGGAAGAUGUGAGAUGGUUCAAGCCUGUAGAAGUAUGGACAAAAUGUGGGCGGCGUGGUCGCGUGAAAGAGCCAGUGGGCACACAUGGGGCGAUGAAAUGCAUAUUCAAUGGAGUGGUGCAGCAACAUGACAUUGUAUGCAUGAACUUGUACAAGCGUGCUUAUCCCAAGUGGCCCAAGUCUAUGUACCCUCAGCUUCUCUGA